CGGGCAACUCUCCCGUGCCUCUGUCCGCAUGCGCCGACCAACACGCCACGCCCAACACCGCUCUCUUGAUCCCAUUCUCCGCCAUGCGCGCCACACCGCGCCGCAAUAAGCGGUCGUGAGUAACCACUGGAGCGAUUGCUGCUGCGUUCGAGGCACUUCCAUAGCAGCUCGAGCUGCGUGUACGUUAGUGCAUUCGCUAGCCGUUGGCGUUGGGUGCUGCCGGAAAGACCGCAACUCACUGCUGACUGCUGACUGCGACGCCUUUGAGCUCCCCGCCUCCCCUCCAUCCGUCCCCCAUCCCCUCCUCCGCAUUGUCGCUUCGCCCUUCGUCCAUCUUUGACUCGCUCACCCUCUCUAUCGCGUGCGCGUGCUCCCGUUGUCCGCUUAUCGCAUUCUGUCCGACUCGCACAUGGAGCCUGAUGCGCUCAGCCAAUCCUCGCAGCACAUCCCUCAACCCAGCGACCCCUCACUAGUAUCGCACGACUCGCAACACAUCGCACACAGUCACGCGCACAGCCAUUCGCAUUCGCAUGCGCACGACCACGCCCAUGGCGGCCUCGCGCAGUCGUCGCUCCCGUCGCUGCCGCACCGCCUGCACCCCCCGCACCCGUCGCAGGAGGACGCGUCCCCGCCGCUCCCCGUGAAGGCGGGUCGACUCUCGUCGCUGGGCCACGCCGCGUGCAGCUCCAGCUGCCUCGCCGACAUGCGCGCCGCCUCCCCCCCGCGCGCCCGCGCGCACAGCUCCUCCUCCGACGACGCGCUGCUGCGACACUCCGCGGGAGCGGAGGAGGCGGACGGCGCGGAGGCGGGGGUGCUGCGGGAGGGGGAGGAGGGCGCGGAGGGGGUGGUGGUGGUGGGCGAUGGCGUGGUGGUGGACGUGGAGCGAGUGCGGCAGGCGCAGUACGACGCCUGGCUGGAGGAGCACCCGUCGGCGGUGGCGCAGUUUGAGCGGGUGGCGGGCGCGGUGGGCGCGCGGCAGGUGGCACUGUUCCUGGACUACGACGGCACGCUGGCGCCCAUCGUCGACAACCCCGACCACGCCUUCAUGCCGUCCGGGAUGCGGGCGGCGGUGAGGGAGGCGGCGCGGCACUUCCCCACGGCCAUCAUCAGCGGGCGCGGCCGCGAGAAGGUGUACGAGUUUGUGCAGCUGCCCGAGCUCUACUACGCGGGCAGCCACGGCAUGGACAUCAUGCUGCCCGCACACGCGCCCCCCUCCGCGCCAACCCCUUCCCCUACCGCUGCGUCUGCACCUGCCCCUUCCUCUGCUGCUCCACACGAUGUGCCGGCUGAUGGGCGGCAAGAGAAUGGCGCGCUGGGCGUGACUAUAACGGGCGACAGGUGCACGGAUGCUAAUAACCACGAGGUGGUGGUCUUCCAGCCCGCCAGCGAUUUUGCGCAGCUCAUGGGUCAGGUGUACGGCGAGCUGGUGCACGUGACGGCGGGCGUGGCGGGGUCGCUGGUGGAGAACAACAAGUUCGCUGUCACCGUGCACUUCAGACGCGUGGCUGAGGAGUGUUGGGAGCACCUGGCGGGGCUGGUGGAGCACGUGGUGCAGCAGCACCCGCGCCUGAGACUCUCACACGGCAGAAAGGUGUUUGAGGUGCGCCCUGUGGUGGACUGGGACAAGGGCAAGGCCGUACAGUACCUGCUCACCACACUCGGCCUUAACAACUCAUCUGCAGUCAUGCCAGUGUACAUUGGGGACGACCGGACGGAUGAGGAUGCAUUUCAGAUGCUUCAGGAGAGAGGUUCAGGCUUAGGCAUCAUCGUGUCUGCAGCUGCGAAAUCAUCUGUGGCUUCCUAUUCUUUGCGAGACCCUUCAGAGGUCCUGGAUUUUCUCCAUAAACUAGUGCGCUGGAAGGAGGGAAGCGGUUCUCUUAGAUGAUACAGACAGGCGUAAAUUCCUUGUUCCCCAAUGACUCCACAUGUUGGCUCUAUGGAUAUGCGGGUUAUUGCAAGAUGUGGAUAAUGCGCAUAUUUGUUUCCUGUCUUCACGCUGCAGCACCUGUUCUGUGUAAAUCUAAAGCCAAGUGGCGCGCCCACGCAAGUCAAACCUAGGCGUGAUAGAUACCGUAAACGCCCGGAUAUAAGACCGGUUUUAUUGAAGACCCAUAGGGAGUUUUUGGCGGGUAGGUCUUUUAUUAUG